GUGUGUGUGUGUGUGUGUGUGUGUGUGUGUGUGUGUGUGUGUGUGUGUGUGUGUGUGUGUGUGUGUGUGUGUGUGUAAAGGUUUAAAUGCGCUGAAAUCGCACUGCACUUCUGCUUCAGCUUAUUCCACACUAAGGUAACCUGUGACGCACCUCUAUCACCUGCCUGGAGUGUUUGUUUUUUUUAUUCUCUUCCCACUAGUUUAGUCAUGCCCACAUCCCUGUUUGCCUCAGAGUCUGCCCUCACGCCAUGAACAACAUGUCCCUGAUAAGCAGAGAGGACAAGCUGAAAGAUAAGAACCAAGUGCAGAAAGGAACGGACGAGAAGGAAGAGGAGGAGAACGUCAUGGAGAGGAACUGGAUCCGUCCAGAUUUGCCCAGCAAGUGCAAGUGGCAGCUCGGGUUGACGAAAACGAACUCGCCUCAUGUCCACGCAGAACGGAUGAAGCCACCCAGCAUUCUUCCAAACAUCCUGACACACAUCGGAAACACGCCGCUGGUUCGCAUCAACAAGAUUCCCAAAAUGUUCGGGGUGAAGUGUGAGAUCUUGGCUAAGUGCGAGUUCUUUAAUGCUGGAGGCAGUGUAAAGGAUCGCAUCGCCAUCCGUAUGGUGGAAGACGCCGAGCGAGAUGGCAUCCUCAAACCCGGAGACACCAUCAUCGAGCCUACUUCUGGAAACACAGGUAUCGGCCUGGCCCUGGUUGCAGCAGUAAAAGGUUACCGCUGUAUAAUCGUCAUGCCUGAGAAAAUGAGCAUGGAGAAGGUGGACGUGCUGCACGCUCUCGGGGCCGAGAUCGUCCGGACUCCGACCGAUGCCCGUUUUGACUCUCCAGAGUCUCACGUGGGCGUGUCCUGGCGCCUGAAGAAUGAGAUCCCCAACUCCCACAUUCUGGAUCAGUACCGUAACCCCAGCAACCCGCUGGCUCACUAUGACAACACAGCCGAGGAGAUCCUAGAGCAGUGCGACGGUAAAAUAGACAUGCUGGUGGCCGGAGCUGGAACAGGUGGCACCAUCACAGGCGUUGCACGCAAGCUGAAGGAAAAAUGCCCGAAUAUCCAGAUUAUUUGCGUGGACCCCAUGGGCUCGAUCCUAGCAGAGCCAGAGCAAAUGAAUAAGACCGAUAAGAGUCAGUACGAGGUAGAGGGAAUCGGAUACGACUUCAUUCCCACCGCGUUGGACAGAUCUGUGAUCGACUGUUGGUGCAAGACCACAGACGAGGAGUCCUUCAACAUGUCACGCAUGCUUAUCAAACAGGAAGGACUGCUGUGUGGUGGUAGUUCAGGAUCAGCCAUGGUUGCAGCAAUGAAGAUGGCGAAGGAGCUGAAGGAAGAUCAGCGCUGUGUGGUCAUCCUGCCCGAUUCACUACGGAACUACAUGACUAAAUUCCUCAGUGACAAGUGGAUGUGUGAAAAAGGCUUUCUGAGAGAGGAGGACCUGAUUAUCAACAAACCAUGGUGGUGGAAUCUGACUCUACAGGAGCUGCAACUCUCCGCUCCUCUAACAGUUCUUCCAUCAGUCAGCAUUAAAAACACCAUUAAGAUUCUGAAGGACAAGGCGUUCGACCAGGCGCCGGUAGUCGAGGAGACCGGAAUGAUCAUGGGGAUGGUCACACUGGGUAACAUGCUGUCCUCUGUACUCGCUGGGAAGGUCAGUCCUUCUGACCCUGUCAACAAAGUCCUGUAUAAGCAGUUCAAACAGGUUCAUCUCACAGAUAAACUGGGUAAACUCUCAAGGAUCGUAGAAACGGACCACUUCGCCCUGGUGGUUCAUGAUCAGAUCCAGUACCUGACAGACGGCUCGUCACUUCUGAAGAAUAUGGUGUUUGGCAUCGUCACGGCCAUCGACCUGCUGAACUUUGUGACCACUUGUGAGAGGAGAGAGUGCUCGCUCCCCGACGAUAUGUAGCUGAUCUCUGACACACACACUUUGUUUUACAUAUGCGAGAGUCAACUUAUUGUCAACUUAUUAUAUAACAUAUUUUUCUAUUUUAUUGGGUUUCUUUUUCCUUCUCAUGUACUGUAAAUGCAUAUGUUUAUGAGCUUAAAGGUGCAGUCUGCAAUCUGUUUAAACAGGUUUCUACACCUUGUAUUAAGAAUUUUCUGGGGCAGAAAUGAAGUCCAACCCCAGUCAGAUCACUGCAGCUCAUCUUUGCCUCUUUUUUUUUACACUCUGCUCCUGUAAUGAUUGCUGUUCAAAUCCAAUCCAGAAAGUGUUACUGUUUCCCGCCAAAUACUGAGAUCGCUGUGACUCACUGACGUCACCGUUGCUCUUUAAACUCGCUUUAUUCACAAUGCAGUAAAGAUUAAACUGUAUUUUUACUUUUUGAGCUUUGUGUACACUUGAAGUAAAACAGAGGGAAGCUUUAUGAGAACUUUCAAAAUGAACACAGCUGCUACUU